AUGUCAAAUGUCGUAAAUUCAGAAUAUAUGUUAUCUGUUCAGCUUAUGUUUGGAAUAAGUAAGGAUACAAAAACGAAAUAUGUAAUCGUUUUGGAAGAUUCUACAUUUGAAAAUGCCAUUCAACACUGCAAAGAAAAAGGCGGAUUUUUAGCAACAAUUAGCAAUGAAAGAGAUAGGAAGCACACUGAGGAGUUUAUUAAACAGAUGUAUAUGAGCGACAACACUUUCUGGCUUGGAAUUUCUGACAGAAAUAAAGAAAGAUUCUUCGAAUCCGUAAACGGAGAAGUAAUUCCUUUCUUACCUUCGUUUUGGGCUAAAGAUCAACCAGACAAUGGUGGAGGUACCGACCCUACUUGUGCCAGGCUGGAAAAGGAGAUAGGUAGCAAUAAGUACUUUCUGAAUGAUGUGGAUUGUCGAAAAACCCACUACGGUAUUUGUGAAAUACCUAAAGAAGAUAAAGUCGAUAAUCACGAUUUAUUCUCAGAUUGCGAAAAUGAGCACGAAGACUAUUGCUACGAACUCCUUGCAGCGUUACAUCGAGAUUUCAGUACCAGUAACAAAGCCUGCGAAAAUUGGUACGAUGGCCAAUUAGCCAAAAUCUCGAACCUUAACAAAUUGCUGUAUUUUUCCGAAUUGAUUUUGAACAAAGGUAAAGAAAACGAGGAUUACUGGGUCGGUCUGACUGAUCGGGAUAGGAAAGGUUUGUGGAAAUUCAUCGAAGGAACUGAAGCACCAUUUGUUCCAGAACUGUGGUUUGAUAAUGAGCCCAACAACAAUGUUGGAGAAAAAGAUGAAGAAGACUGUGUCGUAGCCACAUUUAUCGACGAAAAUCUUUUACUUGAAGAUCGCAAGUGUUCAGAUUCGUAUAAGUUUAUCUGCGUCAUUAGAUCAGGCCUAAACAGAUGA